AUGACUUCCAAGAAGUACGAUUUUUCCGGAAAGGUGGCCCUCAUCACAGGAAGCAGCGGCGGCAUCGGCGGCGCCGUGGCCAUCCAGUUCGCCAAAUGCCACGCCAAAGUGGUCAUCACCGGCCACCUCGAGGCCGACGUGGAGAAGAUGGUCACCGCAGUUGAGGCCAUCUCCGGCGAGAAGCCACUGGCUCUGGUGGGCGACCUGACCAGCGACGCCUUUGCCGCUCGUCUAGUCAGCGAAACGGUGGCCAAGUACGGCCGCAUUGACGUUCUCUUCAACAACGCCGGUCGCCUCUGUCCGGGCGGCUCUUUCCUCGACCCGGCCCUGCUCGAGCAGUUUGACCUGUUGAUGAGCCUCAAUGUGCGCUCUCUGGUGAAGAUGACCCACCUCUGCGUGCCCCACCUGCAGCGGAGCAAGGGAAACAUCAUCAACACGGCGAGCAUCGCCUCCUACCUGCCAGUGGUGAACACCGUCUACUCGACGAGCAAGGCCGCAGUGCAGAUGAUCACCAAGUGUGCCGCCGUGGACCUCGGCCCGCUGGGCAUUCGCGUCAACUCGGUCAACCCCGGCCCGAUUCGGACGCCCAUCGGCGCCAGCAUGAACUGUCCGGAGAUCUUCGACGACCCGGCGAAGAACCCGCUGGUGCCGCACACUGUCAUGAAACGCUUCGGUGAGGCGGAUGAGGUGGCCAACUUGGUGCUCUAUCUGGCCAGCAGUGAGGCGGAGUACAUUACCGGCAGUCACUUCGUGGUCGACGGCGGGUACAUGUGUCUCUGA